AUGGGUCGAGAGGAGAUUGGUCGUUGGUUGGCUUUUCUUCGGCCAUCGUCCAACGCCGUGGAGUUGCAACUCUCCAAAGUGCCUAUUGAAGACGUCGACCAGCAGGAGCUGUCAGAAAGCUUGAAGUCGAACCAGUUCCUUCAGAGCUUAUGGCUCACGGGCAAUGAGCUGACGGCGGAGGGCGCCCGCGCAUUGGGUGAGGGCAUCGCCUCCAAUCAGAGCUUGAGGACCUUGAGAAUCAACUACAACGGCCGCAUGGGAGUCGAAGGUGUCGAGCACAUCAUGAACGCGGUGGCUGCGAAUCCACGGCUGCAGAGCUUCCACUUCGGCGACAACGACCUCCAAGCAGAAGGGCUCCUCAUUGUGACCACAGCCUUGGCAUUGCACACGGGCUUGCGGCACUUGGAUCUCUCGUGGGCGGGCAACAUCGGCGUGACCGGCGCACAGGCGCUGGCACAGUUGCUGCGGAGCAACCGGCGGCUCGAAGAGCUCCGACUCACCGAGAACGACGUGGGGCCCGAAGGAGGGAAGGCGAUUGCCGAAGCUGCUGCGCAGAGCUCGCUGCGGCUGCUUCUUUGCGACUACAACUCCAUUCAGGAUGACGGGGCAAAGGCCAUUGCAUGCAUGAUCCGAUCCAAUGACACGAUCAAAACUCUGGGCCUCCAUGCCAAUGCGAUGACUGCGAUGGGUGUGGAGGUCAUUUGCGAAGCUUUGAAGAGCAACAAGACCUUGCUCAACAUAGAUCUUCGCCACAACAGAUGUGGCGAUCUGGGCAUUGUGGGGGAAGCGAUGGGGAUGAGCUCCGUCCGCGAGUGGGACCUCCGCAGCAUGGGCUUGGGGCCUUCAGCCUUCAAGGCCAUCGCACGCAACUGCGCGAAGCUUCAAAAACUGAACCUGGAAGACAAUGAGCCUGGCUUGGAUGGCUACAUUACUUUUGCCGACCACUUCAAGGGCACAGCGCUGGAGGAGCUCAACUUGCAGGCGCAUGUCCAAGCACCCCCGGAAGCGGCGCAACUGAGCCUCUCUCGAUGCCUCCAGAGCAAUUUGUCCUUGCGAGUCCUGCAGCUGCUUUUGCUUGGAGGCCGCACCUCCACGGAGGUGACACAAGUGCAACUGGGCGCCAUCAAGAACGGCUCGGCCCUGGAGGAGUUGAGUGCGGACACCAUGGAUGAUGACGCCGCUAGCCUGGCCGAGGUGAUAUCUUCAAGCAACCUGAAGAUCAUCCGGUGCCGUUUCCACCAGCCAGAGUCGCUACGUGAGCUUUUCACAUGCCAAAAGGGCUUGAAGGUCUUGGACCUGUCGUCCAGCCGUUUGACGGGCGCUGGCGGCGUUUGGUCGGAGCUACUGCUGCAGCCGCAGCCGGUGGCCGAAGAGCUGUGUUUGUCGAGCUGCGCGUUGAAUCAAGAUGAUGCAAUGGAAUUGGCCAAGGGCUUGGCUUCCAACGCGUGGCUUUUAAAGCUCUCCUUGCGGCGAAACAGCUUUGAGCAGCCAAGUUGGGAGGCCUUGGCGAAAGCGAUGGAAACCAACGGCACUUUGGAAGACCUGGAUUUGGUUGAAACUGGUCUGAACGAUCAAAGCUUCGCAGUAUUGGCAGGCAGCUUGAAAUUCAACAAAUCUCUCAGACGAUUGGAAUUCUCUGGCGACAUCGCAGAUGCGACCAUGCUGGCGGAGCUGCUGGCGGUGAAUGUCUCUCUGCGAGAGAUCGAAUCAGCCGGGGAUUUAUUCACCGGAAAGGGUGUCGAGAUGUUGCUGUCAUCCUUGGAAACCAAUAGCUUCCUCAGCUCCUUCACCUUGGAGCACACCCAGCCGCGGAAGUUCAAGAAGGAUAAGGCGGACUACAAGUUGUACGAGGCUUCUUUGAAGACCAUCGAAUGGCUGGUGGCACGGAAUGAGCACCCAGCAUGGGUUCUGAAUUCCAGCUUUCAGAAAGGCAAUGAGGUCCUGGUAUGCCUCAGGACUCUAGGAGGUGAAUCGGUCCUUGAGCUUCAAGUUGGAGAAGAUGAGACGGUGGCAAAGCUCAUCCGCCUGGUUUAUGAGCGUUUGGGCUAUCUCCGCCCCUUGAGGCUCAUGUUCGCUGAUGGCCGGUUCUGGCAAGAGGCAGCCACCUCAACUUCGGUGGAAUGGAUUUGCUCCGCGGCCUCUGCAGGAUAUGUGACUGCCUGA